AUGACGAAGUAUCACAAUUUUCUGACCCCGUCCCUGACGCCCAACUCGGUGGUCGACUUUCAACUGCCCGACCUUCCUAGACGAGGAACCUCUAUCGCCAGUCAAUCGAUCGUCAGGCAGCUCGAUAUCGGGGAAUGGAAAGAGACCGAGCCGUUAGGUCUCGUUAAACGAAUAGCUGUGGACCAGGAAAAGAAGAUUGUUGCUUUGGCAGAUACGACCCAUCGGAUCACCUUGACCUCUUUCCCCGAGCCGCGAACGCCCAAGAACUCGGAGGAAGGGGGGAAUGCGAAGUCAAACGGGGCAGAGCAGGAAGAGGAGGAAGAGGACGAGGAUGAAGAUCAGGAUUUGAAGGUUCAAGCGCAGUUCCAGGUCAAGCCGGCUAGGAAGUCGGACAGCUGGGUAGGGUUGGAGUUUAUGUCCAGAUCUCCACCAUCGCGUGAACUUCAAUUUCACAGCGGAGUGUUAUCAACGCUAUCUUCCGGGAUCGUCUCCCUACACCCUUCGUCAAAUCCCUCCUCAUCCUCCUCAACACAAACGCAAACAGGCCGUCUCCCCUCCCCAUUGACCUGCGCUCAAACCAUCUCGCCGUCACAACUGGUAGUAGCAGGCAAAGAGGUGGACGUAUCGAUCUGGGAUCUAGAGAGGGUGUUUGCCAAGGGCCCAGUACCGAUUGGUGAGAAGGCGGCUGGGAAGAGGAAGAAGGGGGAGUUGGAGGAUGGGGAGGUUUGGAGGGCGAAGAAUCUACCGAACAACCACCUCAGCCUGAGAACGCCGAUUCAUCAUCUAUGUUUGACUAUUCUCCCUUCCACUCCUGGCUCUACCACAACCGCGACCUCAACCUCGACCUCGAUUGUGACGGGAACCAAGUCGGGUCACGUGAGGAGGUACGAUACAAGACAGAGGAAGCCGGUCGAUGGGUGGAAAGUUGCCCGGGAGGGCGGGGUUGGGGCAGUACAGGCUGGACUCAACGAACACGAAUUGUUCUUUGCGGACACAUCAUCUUUGCUCGGGUCGAUGGACCUUCGAACGGGUAAACUCCUCUACGCCUACCCAUCCCAGACAUCUACCGCACACUCUCUCCUUCCGCUCGCACCCCUCAGCGAGUACACCUACAAGAAAUCCUACUCCCGGUUCUCGAAAACCGCCGAAGAAAGACGAGACCGGGUCGGACUGGUCACCCUCUCUUCCGACGCGACAUUGCGAGCGUGCAGUACCACCGCCCCACCAGAAGAGAGCAAGAACAACGUAACUAGGGGAGAGGUACUGGGGAUGGUUGGUGGGGUCGGAUCGGGCGGAGUUGGGUAUUACGGGUCGAGCGAGAUGGAAGAGCUCGAAGGCGACGCCGAGGAUGAGGUCGUCGGAGAUGGAGAGGACGUUGCAGGGGAAGGGGAUGGGGACGAGGAGGAGGUUUGGGAUGAUAUGGCUGUGGUUGAGGAGGACGAGGGCCUAGGGAGCGAUAUGGACGAGGAAGAUGACGAGGAGAGCAGCGAGGACGAAUCACCUCAGAGGAAACGGAAGGGUGGGAAGCGGUAG